GAGAGAGAACAAGAGAAAGAGAGGCAUGGCUGGAGAAGAGGAGAACAGCGAGUUCUACUUGAGAUACUAUGUGGGUCACAAGGGAAAAUUUGGGCAUGAAUUCUUGGAGUUCGAGUUCCGACCCGACGGAAAGCUCCGGUACGCCAACAACUCCAACUACAAAAACGACACCAUUAUUCGCAAGGAGGUCUACGUCACCCCCGCCGUCCUCCGCGAAUGCCGUCGCAUCAUCAACGAUAGCGAGAUCUUGAAAGAAGAUGAUAACAACUGGCCAGAACCUGAUCGUGUUGGUCGCCAAGAGCUUGAGAUUGUUAUGGGGAACGAGCACAUUUCCUUCACUACUUCAAAGAUUGGAUCCCUUGUUGAUGUCCAAAGCAGUAAUGAUCCAGAAGGGCUUCGUAUUUUCUAUUAUCUUGUUCAGGAUCUGAAAUGCUUUGUUUUCUCUCUAAUCUCGCUCCAUUUCAAGAUCAAGCCUAUAUAAACAUGGAUUGUAGUGUCUGCCUUACAAAUAUUUUGAGAAUUUCGUUUGUGUCUGUAACAAUUGACAUAUAUUGCAUGUAGGCUUAGUUGUUUGACAGUUUUCUGCUUUCAUCGUCUGCGGAUGUAUUCAAUCGGGUUAUUUGUGUUCCAUUUUUUCCCUACAAAAUGCUUACUUGGUUGUGAUUUCUGGCUCAUGAAACCGUUUUUUUUUUUCGAAACCCAGUUUUGAUAAAUUCAUACCACUAGUGAAAUCUGGAUAUUCAUAAAGGUCCCUCGGCCCUUAGUUGAGAAAUUUAUUGAUGCAGCCUUGGAGCCUUGCUCAAUAGACUCCAUUGAAUA